CCCCUCUCCUUCUCCCCGCUGCAGUCAGCCACGCUCACAGCACAUGGGGAGGAAUCCACGAAGCUGCCCACCGGCUCAGAGAGCAGUGAGGAGGAGGAAGAGGAGAAGCUGGACCUCUCUUCAGCCAGGAGGCUGACAGACGAGGAGCUGAUGCGAGCGUGCGGGGGUCGCACGGCACACAAGGGUGCCCGUCACGGCCUGACCAUGGGUGCCAAGCUGGCACGCCUGGAGGAGCAGGAGCGAGCCUUCCUGGCCACCUACCGACACAAGGAGCGGCAGCAUGAGCCCCCAGAGAGCAGCCCCCCAGCAGAGAAGCGGGAAAAAAAGAAGAAGAAAAAAAGGAAACAAUCCAGGGACAGAGCUGAUCCUGAAAGGAAGAAGAAGAAGAAGAAGCAGGAGCUAAGUGCAGAAGAGGAGGUGGCAGGAGAGGAAGGCAAAGCUGUAAAGAAGAGGAAAAAGAAGAAGAAGCAGGAGGAGGAGGACAAAGAGCCAGUUGAGAAGAAGAAAGAGGAAGAAGAGGACAAAGAAGAGCUGGCUGAGACAGACGUACCUCUAGAAAGCACAGAUGGCCCAGACAAGGCUAGGUACAGCCCCAGGAAGAAGAGGAAGAAGAGGAAGAGGGAGCCAGAGUGA